UUUCGUACAAAGCGUUUCAUUAGAAAGCAAGAAUGAAUAUAAAAAUUUGAACAAUUCUGAAAAAUUAAAUACAUAAUACGUAAAAAAUGCAGAGAAUAAUGAUUAGAAAUUGAAUAUCAAAUUGCUACAUAUUCUUAGUAAUGACAUAUAAUAUAGCACUAGCUUAGUGCAUGAUUUGAUAUCCGAUUUUUAUCAAUUUAAUUUGAUUGAUGUUCUUCAUGUUGAUAUAACAAUAUCAGUAAAAUACAGGAUCUGUCAUCGAGCGAGUAUAUAUAAGCCGUAAACGAUGUUGUUCCUUCAGUCAUCAAAAAUGAUAUGACAAGCAAAAUGCGAUCAAUAGAGAAAAGCACGAUGCGCUCUUUGAUACUACUGCUAUUCCUUACUACUACCAAAAGUUACGACAUUGUUCUUAAACAUGGGAUUCUCAAUGUAAACCCUAUUAAUAAUAAUCGCGUGAUUGUUAACCUUACGAGCAAUGAUGGCACAAACAUGGUUAAUAUCCUUUACACAAAAAGUCCAUCGGCUACGCAGCAGAGUACGCCUUCCGUGUUCAAGAAUUGUGGCAACAACAAAAUAUGCUUAAAAUAUGCCACUGGGGAGUUAGAAUUCGACAUCGAUUGCGAAAAGGAAACCAUCACUGUCAUUCGUAAGCUCUUCAAUUCUGCCGGUGAACUCUUGGAUUGUUUCCAGCUUACUGAUGACACGCAAUGGUUUGGCGGGCCGGAACUUCGCUAUCAGCACUGGCCCAUACAGCACAUGUACUACGACGAGGAACCGUACCUGCCGACGCAUCCUGUAAAUAUGGCAGUAGCCGAGCGUUACUGGUUGUCUAGUAAAGGGAUUUAUAUCUAUGUGGACGAGACAAGCCCACUGUUCCUCGAUCAGAAUAAUUACCGGGAUAAAUACCUGUGCAUGAUUGCGAAGAACAAGGCGCCCUACCAGCUUCGCGACAAUAUCGUACUUAACUACACGUUGGGUAUCUUUUUGGAUCCGAAAAGUGCUCAUCAACACGCGGUGAGAAACCAUCUACGUAAGCCGUCGGGUCGCCCCAAUGAACGGAUGAUCCAGUAUCCUGUAUGGUCCACCUGGGCCAGAUAUAAAGCUAAUAUCACUGAGGAAUUGGUGGAGACGUACGCAGACGAGAUUAUUACCAAUAACUUCAAGAACAGCCAGAUCGAGAUUGAUGACAAUUGGGAGACUUGCUAUGGUUCCGCUGAGUUCGAUCCUAUCAAGUUUCCCAAUAUCAGUGCUCUUAUACAACGACUAAAGAACAAGGGCUUCCGCGUUACGUUAUGGAUACAUCCGUUCAUUAACCGAGGCUGCGAGCCCGCGUAUUCCACUGCGUUGAACAAUUCUUACUUCGUCAAAAACCUCGACGGAGGCGUUCAGAUGUCCUGGUGGCAGGGUUCAGAUGCCGCUACGAUUGACUUCACGAAUCCAGCUGCGGUGAUCUGGUGGGUAGCGCGAUUGAAGCGUCUUGAAGAUCUUGGGAUUGAUAGCUUCAAGUUUGAUGCUGGUGAGGUAUCCUGGUUACCGCAAAUAGCGGAGCUGAAAGGCUCGCUCGAUUUGCAGCCAGGUAUAUUCACGCGGGAGUAUGUCAAGGCACUCGCUAGCAACUUUGAUGAUAAUAUUGAAGUGCGGGUGGGAUGGGGUACCCAAGAUUUACCGAUAUUCGUUCGCAUGAUCGAUAAGGACACCAGAUGGUCUUGGAACAACGGUUUGCCCACCCUGAUAACGACGCUACUGCAAAUGAAUCUCAAUGGAUACGUCCAUGUGCUGCCAGACAUGAUCGGCGGCAAUGGUUACCUAGAUGGUUCGCUCAACGGAACGGAAUAUCCAUCUAAAGAGAUAUUCAUCAGAUGGCUACAGGCCAACGUCUUCAUGCCAUCGUUGCAAUAUUCUUUCGUGCCCUGGGAUUAUGACAAUGAGACCAUCAACAUCUGCAGAAUUUAUACCGAUUUACACGCCACUUAUACUCCAUCAAUUUUGAACGCCAUGCAGCAGGCUAUUGAAAACGGCACUCCUGUAAAUCCUCCUAUUUGGUGGAUUGAUCCUACUGACAGUGAAGCUCAUAAGAUUAAUGACGAAUAUCUCCUUGGAGAGUCUAUACUAGUUGCUCCGGUAAUUGAAGAAGGUGCUGAAAGUCGCAAUAUCUAUCUACCUAAAGGAACCUGGCAAGAUAUGAAUCGACAGAAGGCCUAUAAAGGACCGACAUGGCUAUUAAACUAUCAUGCUCCCAUAGAAAUACUUCCAUAUUUCAAGAAAGUGUCUUGUUAAUAAAGAAUUUAAAAAUUUUCAAUAUAAAAUAUUUAUGUAAUAAAUAUUUAUUCAUAUAAAAAAGCUAUCAUGGAAUGCUA